AUGAACGCCGCCAUUUUAGGACUGAAGUCAAUCUCAGUACUUCCACCGACGAAUUUCAAAAGUAAAUUUCUUCACUCAGUGAUGAAAUACACCAAAAAUGGUGUGUCAACUUUCAAUCCUCUUAUCUUGGAGCUUGAAAUUUUUAAGGCUUGGGAUGUUAACCCAAAUCCCGGUCCAAGGGGCAACAAGAAGUACAAGAUAAACGAACUGUGCCCUCGGAUAUCUAUACCAGGAAAUGGUCGUAAACUAGGCCAGUGGAACGUAAAUAAUUUAACGGACUCUAAGCUGGAGCAAAUAAGGUUACUACAAACUGCGAAUUAACAUGAAAUUGAUGUGCUUUUUCUAAUCGAAACCUUCCUCAAGCCAAACAAGCCUGACUGCGUUCUACAAAUACCUGGAUACACGCUUUUCAGAAAAGACCGACAAGGAUCGAAGAAAGGCGGUGGAAUUCUUGCUUAUGUCGCUGACAGACUUAAGGUCGAAAGAAUCACAAGCCUGGAAGAAAACGAACUUGAAACCGUUUGGUUACAAAUCCAUCCGUACAAGUCAAAUC